GCCUUCGCCAAGGCCGUCACAGCAUGCGACGCGGCGCGUGCCUGGCAGCACGCACUUGUCCUGGCAGAUGUCAUGAUGGAGCAAGGCCACGGGAAGUGCCUCGCUGGGGUGCAUGCCCAAAUGAUGUGGUGUCGUUCGAACGGGAGAUGGAAGCGUGCUGUCGGCCUGCUGGAAGACAUGAAACCUCGGGAGCUCGCGCCCUCCAGCGUGACCUAUGCCCUAAUCAUCGCGGCUUGCCGGCUGUCGAAGGAAUGGAGGUGGCCCCUAAGGCUGCUUGCUGCACUGACAGCAGAGCGCUUCCCUUUGGACACCCGCAUCUGCGGUGCGGCAGCAGGCGCUUGCCACCAGGUUGGCCACUGGCGUUGGGCCGCAUGGGUGCUGGAGCAGCUUUGGCAAAGCAGGGGCCAAGGCCCCAGCACCGAAGACAUCUCCCUGAAUUUGGCACUUGCCACUUGCAAGGAGGGCCGGAAGUGGCAGCAAGCUCUUCAUAUGCUAGCAGAGGCCGGCAGGUUGGUUUGGGACGAUGUGGCAGCCAGCUCCUUGAUUAAAGCCCUUGGCCCACGCUGGGCCAUCAGCCUUGCUAUCCUCGACCGGGCCCCUGGCAUCUCAGCCCGGGCUGCGGCCAUUGCCUCCUGCACGCAGGCGCGGCAAUGGAAGCAGUCCUUGGCACUGAUCACCGGGCAGAUCGAUGCAGUUGCACUCAGCUCCGCUGUCAACAGUUGUGCGCAGAGCACAGAGUGGCAGAGGGCCCUUGCUUUGGGGAGCAGUUACGCUAAUGAUUGGUACCAAGAUGGCAUUCUAUGGAGCUCCCUGCUCAGCGCAUGUCAACAUGGGAGUGCCUGGGACGUGGCCUUGGAGCUCUUCGGGCAGAUGCAGCAUACUACAGGCAUGCACCCGAACUCAGCCGUCUUCGGGACCCUCCUGCGAUCUUGCAGCUCUUCCUACCGUUGGGAGGAGGCAUUGCAGCAGGCAUUUUCAAUGAAGGAUCAUCGUCUGAUGCCGACAGCCGUUUGCACAUCCGGCAUCCUUGCGACUUUGGUGGCAGCCGGCCAUGCUGACAGCAUGCCACGACUCAGCCCUGCCAUACGCCGUCUCCUUUCCCUGGCUUUGGUGACGGAAACAUGGCAGCCGCCAGUGCCCCAUGUGCCUGGCGCAAGCAAUGUGGAAUGCGUUGUACUGACGGAGCUUUUGGAGGGUUGGCAAUGGUGGAGCAAGCCACGCAGCUGCGCGAUGGCACGCUGCUUUCUGACCCCACUGCAAGCCGGGCUCCGGGCUCCAGAGCUUCCCGCCUGCCGCGGUGUGCUAGGUGCUACCUGCACCAUGGGUGCAGCUUUGGUACGGCUUCAGUGUGAAGCGUCUCAUUCUGCAGGAACCAAAGCGGCGAGAAAGGCUGAGCGACUUCGGAGCACUUCGUGGUUCGAACAACUCUCUCAACAGCGGACAGCUCCCUUUUCGAUCGCAAGCUUUGCCAAACGGCACCUACCGCACCAAGACGUAAGCCAUGUGUACGAUUCUUCGCCUCUGAGUCCUGAGACAGGUUUGGCGUCAGAUGACGCUCAGUUUAGUCAGACUUGA